AUGGCACCCGAUAAAUUAAAAAUAGCAAAACAGGAAUUUGCAGCCAUGAUAAAGUGCGGUGUAGCAAGACCAUCUGACAGCCCGUGGUCAUCUCCACUCCAUCUAGCUCCAAAGAAGGAUAACGGAUGGCGGCCAUGCGGAGACUACCGUAUGCUUAAUGCACGCACAAUACCAGACAGAUACCCAAUACGUCAUAUCCAUGACUUUGCACAUAAUCUCUCCGGGUCCCGUAUCUUCUCUACCAUAGAUCUGGUAAAAGCUUACAACCAAACAAGGGUUGCUGAAGAAGAUAUAUGUAAAACGGCAAUAUCAACACCCUUCGGACUAUAUGAGUUCCCCUUCAUGACGUACGGCCUCAGAAACUCCGGCCAAACGUUUCAAAGGUUUGUGUAUGAAAUGACGCGAGACCUAGAAUUUUGCUACGCCUACCUAGAUGACUUCUUAGUGUUCUCGUCUGACGAAGAAACACAUAAAAAUCACCUGCGCUAA